GCUAGUUACCUGCUAAACCCUUAUAGAAGACUCCAGAACCCAAGGCUCUUUUAGCUCUCGUCUUUUUAUUCUCCGUUAGCACGCCAUUCGAAGAGCCUCUCCCCAAGUAAUUUAGCUCAAACAGUCUGAUUCGUUAGAUACAUUCUUCUUUUUUCGUGCGAGAAUAAAAAGUAAAAUACUCCAGGGGUUUACAAUUUUAUUUAGGGUUGAGACAUGGAUGAGGAUUUUGAUAUGCCGUCGGCCGAGGGGAUGGGCAUGGGGAUGGAUGACAUGGAUCUGCCGGAGGAUAAUUCGUUGAAAGUUGGAGAGGAGAAGGAGAUCGGAAAGGAAGGGUUGAAGAAGAAGCUUGUUAAAGAGGGUGAAGGCUGGGAUACACCUGAAAACGGCGACGAAGUAGAAGUUCAUUACACUGGCACUCUAUUGGAUGGGACGAAGUUUGAUUCCAGCCGUGAUAGGGGCACACCGUUCAAGUUCCCCCUCGGUCAAGGACAAGUGAUUAAGGGAUGGGAUCAAGGUAUUAAGACAAUGAAAAAGGGCGAAAAUGCUGUUUUCACUAUACCACCUGAGCUCGCCUAUGGUGAGUCUGGCUCGCCUCCAACCAUUCCUCCAAAUGCCACUCUCCAGUUCGAUGUUGAAUUACUUUCCUGGGUAAGUGUCAAGGACAUCUGCAAGGAUGGAGGAAUAUUCAAGAAGAUCCUUGCUGAGGGAGAAAAAUGGGAACAUCCCAAGGAUCUUGAUGAGGUUUUAGUUAAGUAUGAAGCUCGAUUGGAAGAUGGGACAAUAGUUGCAAAAUCAGUUGUAGUGGAGUUCGCUGUUCAAGAAGGUCACUUCUGUCCUGCUCUUGCCAAGGCUGUGAAGACAAUGAAGAAGGGAGAAAAGGUCCUCCUGACAGUGAAACCACAAUAUGGAUUUGGUGAGAAGGGCAAGCCCGCUUCUGGUGAUCAAGGUGCUGUCCCAGCAAAUGCUACAUUGAAUAUCAAUUUGGAGCUAGUAUCAUGGAAGACUGUCUCUAAUGUAACGGAUGACAAGAAAGUCAUCAAAAAGAUCUUGAAAGAAGGAGAGGGUUAUGAGAAGCCCAAUGAGGGAGCUGUGGUCAAAUUGAAACUUGUUGGGAAACUGCAAGACGGCACCGUUUUUGUCAAGAAGGGUUAUGGUGAUGAUGAAGAUGACCUCCUGGAAUUUAAAACAGAUGAAGAACAAGUUAAUGAGGGUUUGGACAAGGCUGUGAUGGCAAUGAAAAAGGGUGAAGUUGCUUUGUUGACCAUUGCACCUGAGUAUGCCUUUGGUUCAACCGAGUCACAGCAGGAGUUGGCUGUUGUUCCUCCAAAUUCAACAGUACAGUAUGAAGCCGAGCUGGUUUCUUUUGUCAAAGAGAAGGAAUCUUGGGAUAUGAACACCCAGGAAAAGAUUGAAGCUGCUGGCAAAAAGAAGGAAGAAGGUAAUGCACUAUUUAAGGCUGGGAAAUAUGCGAGGGCUUCAAAGAGAUAUGAGAAGGCUGCAAAAUACAUAGAAUACGAUACUACUUUUAAUGAGGAGGAGAAAAAGCAGUCCAAAGUGUCGAAAAUUUCUUGCAAUCUGAACAAUGCUGCAUGCAAGCUGAAACUGAAGGAUUACAAGCAAGCAGAAAAGCUCUGUUCUAAGGUGUUGGAACUUGAAAGUUCAAAUGUUAAAGCGCUUUAUCGGAGAGGCCAAGCUUACAUGAACCUGGCCGACCUGGAUCUUGCUGAGCUUGAUAUUAAGAAAGCACUUGAAAUUGAUCCUAACAACAGGGAUGUGAAGCUCGAGUACAAAGCCUUGAAGGAAAAGGUGAAGGAGUACAACAAAAAAGACGCCAAAUUUUAUGGAAACAUGUUUGCCAAGUUGAAUAAGUUGGAGUCAGUUGACUUAAAUAAAACCGCUCCCAAGGAUGCAGAACCAAUCAGCAUUGACAGCCAGGCUUGAAUUUGAGAAUAAAAGUCAAAAGUAGCUGACAUUUUACAAGUAUUGGUUGCCGGGCCUUCUCUCUUUUUUUUUUUUCUUUUUCCGGGAAAAAGUAUGAAUGUGAGGCUAUCUGGUCUUUGGCAUGGAUGAAUGCUUUGAACCGUCUCCAGAUUAAUUGCUGAUAUUAACGCUAGUGUUGAAAAAUGAUUGAUGUUGAAACUUUUAUAUCUGGGUUUCUUCUCAUGUUUCCUCGAAAUGUCUAAUGAAGAAAAAUGGAUGAUCCGAAUACUUCCCCUCUACC